AUGACAUCUCCCAACCAUAGAAACCCCUGCGACAUCCACGCACGUACACGCACCACCGCUCUGCAGAGUCGGCUCCUAUCAGCAACCUCCACUCCCUCCGCAGCAUUGCCAUGCCCACGACCUAGCGCGGCGGCGUUGGACGAGGCUCAGGAGCAGCAGCACCCAGGCGAGCUAGCUGCAUCUCCCGGACGUGACAUUGAGCGCCGACAGCUGCGCAAAACGGACGAGACGUAUAUAUACAGUAUCGAACGAGACUGCGUACCAGACUCUGCCCUGGCAACCACACAGGGCCAGCGGUGGCCUUUCCAGUAUUCAUCACCUUGGCUACUAUUGACGUUGAUCACGAUGCAAGCUGAGCGAGCGCCGACAGCGCGCCGAUAUGGUGCUGCGAUCCUUGAGAAGAUCCUUAGAUGCGCAGAAGAACAAAGAGACCUGCACGGUAUUACUACAGUAUGUAGUAUAGCGUCCCACGCCCACGCCCUCAUCUCCCGAAGGACAUUGUGCACACGCCAGUUCAUCGAUGCUAUCUGA